GAAACCUGUGACGUCACUCGCGGAGCGACGGCGUCUCCUGGAGCUGCAAUUUGGGGUAGCGAGAUUAUUUUUCACCCCUGAAAAUGGUUAAAUCAGGGAAGCUGCGGUCCGGGACUGGAUCCAAACUCAAACGGUGGAAGAAAGGACACAGUAGCGACUCGAACCCGCAGACGAGUCGUUUUCGCCAGGCUGCUAAAAGCCGCUUCUUCAGCCGACCCACCGGUAAAAGCGAUCUAACAGUCGAUGCCCUUAAGCUACACAAUGACCUGCAGGCAGGGCCGCUGGAGCUCGGUACAGGCGGCCGUAGAGAUGCCUUUAUGGAAGAGGACCCAGAUGAGGCCAUAUCAGAAAGAACCUCGGGCACCUUCCUCAGUGGCCUCUCAGAUUGCUCCAACUUGACCUUCAGGAAGGUGCAGCGCUUGUGGGAAUCCAAUUCAGCUGCUCACAAAGAGAUCUGUGCCGUGUUAGCGGCUGUUACCGAGGUGAUUCGUAGUCAAGGAGGAAAGGAGACAGAAACUGAGUACUUUGCUGCUUUGAUGACAACCCUGGAAGUUGUAGACUCAGCAGAGUCGCUGGCUGCGGUGGCGUACCUGCUCAACCUCGUCAUGAAACGGAUUCCUGCUCCAGUGCUUAUAUCUAAGUUCUCAGACACCACAAAGGCCCUGAUGGAUGUCAUGUCUAAACAGGCCAUGUCUGACACUGCGCCAGCUCUUAGAUGGAUCCUGUCGUGUCUGGCUACUUUGUUGAGGAAGCAGGACGCGUCUGUCUGGACGUAUCCCUCCACCCUUCAGGCUUACCAUGGAGUGCUCAGCUUCACAGUGCACAGCAAGCCGAAGGUCCGUAAAGCAGCACAGCAUGGUGUUUGCGCCAUUCUUAGAGGCAGUGACUUCCUGUUCACAGACAAUGCUCCAACCCAUCACCCCGCGGCAGUGACCACUGCCAAGUUCUGCAUCAAAGAAAUGGAGCAGGCAGGAGGCAGUAAAGAGGACACGACCACACUUCAUAUCCUGGGUUUGCUAAAGGAGUUGAUGGGGACGUUUCCUCUGGGAGCUGUCAAGUCCUGUUGUGAGAGUCUGCUGCGGGUGAUGACACUCAGCCAUGUGUUGGUGACAGCAAGCGCCAUGCAGGCGUUUCAUAGGCUGUUCAGUGGAAAACCAAAUGCUUCAUCCCUUUCACCAGAACUAAAUGCACAGAUAAUCACGGCCCUGUAUGACUACUUGCCUAGUGAGAAUGACUUGCAGCCUAUGCUGGCCUGGCUCACUGUCAUGGAGAAAGCGCAUGUUCAUCUGGCAAGUUUGCAGAGUUCCCUGAGUUUGGGUCACCUUCCUCGUCUCUUCUCUGCCGCCAUGUCCUGCCUGUUGUCACCUCACACACAGGUGGUUUCUACCGCAGCCAACACACUAAAGACCUUGCUGACUGAAUGUGUUGCCCCUCAAAUGGAAGAGAUUGGCCAGAUCAGUGCCACAGCAUCAGUGGGAAAUCCCUCUUAUGUGUGCAAAAUGUUCCGUAUCGUAGAAGAAGGGUUGUCCUAUCGCUUCCAUGCCUCGUGGCCAUUUGUGCUACAGAUCCUAGGUUGCUUCUACAGAGUUGCAGGAAAACAAGCUCAUCCUGUUAUGACAAAGUCUCUGCAGUCUCUGGCAGACCUCCGCACUACGCCUCACUUCCCUUUUACUGGUGAGUUGGACCUGGCUGUCGGAGGAGCUGUAGAAAACAUGGGGCCUGAAGUUGUCCUGGGUGCUGUGCCACUGAACAUCACUGGCUCUGAGGAUGACUUGGAGUUCCCACGAAGCUGGCUGAUCCCUGUCAUACGAGAUCAUGUGAAGAACACUUCCCUCAGCUUUUUUAUGUCUUAUUUCCUCCCUUUGGCGUCUACGCUCAGGCAGAGGGCUGAAGAGUUUGAGCAAGCAGGACAGAAACUGGAGGCCAAAGUCUACCAGACUUUACAGCUUCAGAUUUGGACGAUGCUUCCUGGAUUCUGUACAUCUCCUGUGGACCUGCUGACAUCCUUUAAAGGCGUUGCCCGUACACUUGGCAUGGUCAUAAAUGAACGGCCGGACCUGAGACUGACUGUGUGCCAGGCUUUACGUAUCAUUAUCAACAAGAGCUCCACAGAAGAGGAAAAGGCAGAAUUGGGACGUUUCUCUAAGAACUUCCUGCCCAUCCUUUUCAACGUGUACAGCCAGCAGCCUGCGGCUGGAGAAUCUGGUGUGUACAGGAUGGCGAUACUGGAAACCAUUAAAGUCUACCUUACUGUCACUGAAACCCAGAUGAUCUGCACUUUCCUGCAAAAAGCCACAGACAGACUGAGCAGCACAGACACCACAGAGUUCACACGGCUGGCAAUGAUGGACCUUGUGGUUGCCAUGGCCGCCUUUGUAGAUGAGGACACGAUGACUAAAACCUUUGGUCUGAUCAGGCCUUAUCUGGAGACCAAGGAGCCAGGCAUGCAGAAGAAGGCGUACCGUGUCCUGGAGGAGAUGUGUGGAGGGGAGAGAGACGAGUGCAAAUCAUUUGUUUUGGACAAUUUGGAAACGCUUAAACUCGUCCUGCUCGAGACUCUGAAGAAUGCAUCUUCACCUGCAAAGAGGCCAAGACUCAAGUGUUUGUUGCACAUCAUAAGAGGGCUCAAUGAAGAACACAGAGACUUUAUUGUUACACUGUUGCCAGAGGUGAUUAUAUGCACCAAGGAGGUGUCUGUAGCAGCGCGUAAGGCCGCCUACAAUCUGCUGGUGGAAAUAGGAAAAACCUUUGUCCGCUUUUGUGGAAACGCAAAAGAUGCCAUAGAGCAGUUUUUGUUGUUGGUGUAUGUGGGACUCACCGGCUCCGUCACCAUGAUCACCUGCACGGUGUUGGCGCUGACCCGACUUGUAUUUGAGUAUAAAGACUCCAUCGAGGUGACCACCAUGGAGCAGCUGUUGCACAACGUCUGUCUGCUGCUUUCGUCUCGUACCAGAGAGGUUGUGAAAGCUGCCUUAGGUUUUAUAAAAGUCAUUAUCUUCAUCAUGGACCCAAAGAAGCUGGCGACACAUGUUGCUGUUAUGAUGAAGGGCAUCGGCAACAUCAAGGAUGAUGUAAGAAGACACUUUAGAACAAAACUAAAAACUAUCUUCACUAAGUUCAUCAGGAAGUUUGGUUUUGAGCUAGUGAAGAGCAUGCUGCCUGAAGAACACCACAAGGUUCUUCUAAAUAUCCGCAAAAACGAGGCCCGCACCAAGAGACGGAAGCAGGCAUCAGAGCAGCAGGAAGACUCCGAGAGCGAAGAAGAGAAGCCUAAAGCUAAGAGUGAAAGUAUCGAGGACAUCCUUGCAGAAUCAGACAGUGAUUUGUCAGAGGAUGAAGGAAAGCCUGGGAAAGCUCAGAAGAAAGCUGGCAAACCACAGAAAGGACGGGCCUGGCUCAAAGAGGGAGAAGAUGAUGAGCCACUCAACUUCCUGGAUUCCAAGGUUUCCCAGAGAGUGCUAGCCACUAAUCCACAGCUGAAAAAGAGCAGCAAGGUCGACCAUGGCUUCAAAGUGACCUCAGAUGGUCGGCUGAUCAUUAAAGAUGAUGAUGAAGACGACGAUGUAAAAGACAAAGAUGACAUGAAAGAUAUCUUGGAGGAGGUUGGAGUCAAGAGUAAAAAGAUAUCGAAAAGGAAGUUCCAAGAUGACGAAGACAUGGACAUGGAACCGCAGUUGAAAUAUAAAGCUGGAGGCUCUGGCAUCCACAGGCCUCUGGGAGCCAGCCGAGAAUUCGGGGCCGAUUAUAAAUCAAAGAAAGGGAAAGGAGAUGUGAAGAAAGUAGGAAAGCUUGACCCUUUCGCAUACAUCCCCCUGAAGAAGGCCCAGCUCAAUCGCAGGAAGCGUGCCAAGCUGCAGGGCCAGUUCAAGGGAAUGGUGAAAGGAGCCCAGAAGGGGGCACACUCUGGAAGGAGACUACAGAAGAAGAGGAAAGCCUGAGGGAUUUACAUUUAUGAAUCAGUGGACUUGAAAUGCAUUGUGUGUGAAUGUGUGUUCAUAAGCGUGCUAAAACGUUAACACACACCUUGGAUGUGUGUGUGUGUGUAUGUGUGUUUUUGCUCCAUGCCAUAGAACACAGAUGAAGCUUUCAGUUAUGUCUGACUGUGCCCUCCUCCUUACAAAGGAGACAUAGGAGGGUCUUAUCUGACCAAAUGGAAUUCAUUUGGCUGGUAAAUAAAUUAAACACAAUCCAGCAUAACUCAUGACAUCAUACCUUUUUGAUAAUCCUAUGUGGUUAAGUGCUGUAAUAAAUGCAGAGAACUAUU